AUGCAGAGUCUUCGAUCCGUUAUGACGCAGGCAACGCGCGGAGGUAAAUGGGUUGCGUCUCGCCGUAAAUUCUCUUCGUCCUCCGUUUGCAAAGAGACAAAUGAAGCACUGAAUGAAGAAUGGACAUCGACGCAAACUAAAAUGGCAAUCCGGAAAGUGUGUGCGGGAUUUUCAUUAGGUUACCUUCUCACUAGUGAGAAGAUAGGGACGAAGAGGCUUAAGAAGCAAAAGGAAAAGUAUCUAAGAGAGGAGAAAACUCUUCAGAGUGGCAACUGGAAAGCAGCAGAUAUGUAA